AUGGAUAAUUUGCUACCGACUGCCAAUCCCAUUUUAUAAACCCCUUUUGAAUUUACCAAACCCAAAUUUGAUUAUCCUGGAGAAAUUGCGUAUAAUAUAAAUCUAAAUAGUCCCAUGCCAUUUUUUCAUAAUCACUACAAACCUCCCAAGAAUGUCCUUAACUUCGAAUGUUGUGAUAUAGAUUUCUUUUCCAAAGAACCUACCUACUUUAAAACCCUACAUGAAUUACAUGCCAAUUCCCCUCUCAUUUAUUAAAGAUUCAUAACUUAAUCCUCCAAGACUUAGAAUUUUGCAUCUCCAUAAUAUCAAGGAACCCAAUUGUUUUCCAAAGGCCCUGUUCAUUUUAACUCCAACUUCGAAUGUGGCAAUCUCUAUACAGUAUAUAAAGUUGCUGAUAGAAAAUAUAAUCUAAUUCUGCAUAAUGACACUCAAACCAAUGGCUGCACUAGAUGGUAUUUCUUUAGUGUAAGAACUCCUGAAAGAAUGAUGCUUCAAUUGAACAUUAUCAAUCUCAGUAAAUAGGCAUCCCAAUUAAGCGUUAAUCCCUACAUCUACACUUCAAGAAGUGGCUGGUACAGAGGAGGCGAGAAUGUCUAAUACUACAAAAAUCAAUACUAAAAGAGAACGGAUUAUUACUACACAUUGUCAUUUAGUUAUCUAUUCGAAAAGGACGAGACCAUUUAUUUCGCCCCUUUCCCUCCAUACGGAAUCACUUCACUUUAAUCCUUUCUAAAACCUUUAAGCAACCAGUAAUAAUCAUAUCUAAUCACAAGAACUCUUCUAAAACUCAAGGCUCUCUCAGUUAAUUAAGGCAACCAAUACCCAGUAUUAACUAUGGGAAACUCAACCAAACCAUUGAUUGUUGUAGUUGCCAGAUAACAUCCAUCUGAAGUUGUUACGUCCUAUGUAGCCGAAGGAAUGAUUUCAUUCCUAAUGAGUGAUGAAGGCAAACAACUAAGAGAUAACUUUUAUUUUAAAAUCUUGCCAAUGAUGAAUCCAGACGGUGUCAUCCAUGGAAACAGCAAAACCAAUCUUUAAGGAAUAGAUAUCAAUUAAAAAUGGCAUAAAGUCAAUAAAUAAGUUCCCAGUGCUCAACACGUCAAAGCCAUUUUAAAAAAGACAGGCCAUCUAUACUUAGCCCUAGAUUUACACCAAACUUAUAAAUAGUAUUAAAACAGCACUAUCAAUUUAGAUAUGGAAUUUCAUUUGUAGGAAGAUAUGAUGAGAAUCCAUAAUUUAUUACUGCAUUUUCUUAAAUCUGUCAAUAUACUAAUUUAGAACAAAGCAAAUUUGGUAGGUCUAAUAAAAUGGAAAAAACUCUGCCAUUUUCUUUAGGUGAAUUGCUUAAUGUGA